GGUUUUGCUUCCUCUUCCUCGAAAUCGGCGUCUUGAACUAGCACCAUGUCCGCCAGGUCCAAGAUUGCAAAGCCGGCUGGUCAAGAGCCUGAUGAGCUUGAGCUCCAGGUUGCCCAGAACAUCUACGAGCUCGAGCAGAACGUUGCUGAGCUCAAGGAGGACUUGAGGGGUCUGCAAUUUGUCAGCGCCAAGGAGGUCGAUGUUAGCCACGGAAAGAAGGCCAUCAUCAUCUUCGUCCCCGUUCCCUUGUUGAAGCAAUACCACAAGGUCCAGUCCCGUCUUGUACGGGAGCUUGAGAAGAAGUUCUCCGACCGCCACGUUCUCCUUGUUGCGCAGCGUCGUAUCCUUCGCAAGCCCACCCGUAGGGCACGUGUCCACCAGCCCCGCCCCCGUUCCCGUACCCUCACUUCUGUGCACGAGAAGCUCUUGGAGGACCUUGUCUACCCCACUGAGAUUGUCGGCAAGCGGACCAAGGUGCGCGUUGAUGGCAGCAAGUUGAUCAAGGUGUUCUUGGACCGCAAGGACCACACCGCUCUCGAGUACAAGCUCGACACCUUCUCUUCCGCCUACAAAAGGUUGACCGGAAAGGAGGUCGACUUCGAGUUCCCCAUUUACGGCCAGGAAUAAGCAUUUACCUUGGCUUAACUUCUGGUUGGUGGACUACGGAGGGAUCUUGGAAAGGGAGUUGUCGGUGCAUUGUACAUGGUGGUCUUUCUUUUUACGGAGAUCAGUCUCCAUACCUGGCGGAGAUGUUCCCGUGCUCAAAAUAUAUUAAAAUUACAUUGAAGAUCAUUGCCAAAUGUUGCUUACAGUG